AUGUCCGGCUUCUUCCGUAAGGUCGGUGAUUCCGACUCUGAAUCCGACAUUUCCUCGUCCGAGGAGGAGCUUUCUGAGCUCGAGUCGGGAGAUGAGCAGCCAAAGACCACUCAGCCCGCCGCAAGCCGUUCGCGCUUCCUCAAAGGCAGCGAUGAUGACUCGGACUCGGACGAUGAUGACUCGGACGACGACGACCAAGACUCGCUCGACUCGGACGACGACAAUGGCGAGCGUCGCACCGACGGAAAAAAGGCUCCCACCUCUCGUUUCAUGAAGGGUGCAGCCGACAGUGACGACAGCGACUCGGAGGAAGAAGUCAAAAAGGUGGUCAAGUCUGCCAAGGAUAAGCGUAUCGACGACAUGCAGACCAUCGUUAACCACAUUGAGUCUGCCCAGAAGUCGAGCGACUGGACCUCGAUCAACAAGGACUUUGACAACCUCAUGCGCUCUAUCGAACGUCAGCGCACCUUGAACGAGCAAAUCCCUGCCUUCUUCUACAAGGCCAUCUCGCAGCUCGACCAGUACCUCAACGAGUCGGCCGCCAAGGAGAAGGAUGCCAAGAAAAAGAUGAAGGCGCCCGUCGCCAAGGCCAUGAACGGCAUGAAGCAAAAGUUGAAAAAGGUCAUCAAGGAGAACGACGAGACCAUCGCCCGAUACCGCUCCGACCCCGAAGGCUUUGAGGCCGCUGCCGAGGCUGCUCUGUCCGCUGCUGCCGCUCCCGCCGAUGCUGAAACCGCGAUCGCCAAGGGCAAGAAGGAGCGUCUUGCUGCUGCCCUCGACUCGGACGCCAACGACGACUUCCAGACCGUCGGCCGAGGCGGUCGUACCGAGACUUUCACCUCCGAGGGUCUCUUCAAGAGCCUCACUGCCAUCAUGGAGGCGCGUGGCAAGAAGAGCACCGACAAGAACGAGCAGAUCCGCAAGCUCCACGAUCUUUCCGGUGUCGCCGACUCGCCCUACAAAAAGAUUCGUGUCAUUCUCGCGCUUGUCGCCGCCCGCUUCGACUACAAUGCCUCGGCGACCGCCUACAUGCCCGUCGAGAUGUGGGAUUCGGCACGCAAAGAGAUCAACGAGAUUGUCGCUCUGCUCGGCAAGAACCGUAGCUACGUUGUGCGCGAAGAGACUGAAGACUACGACGACGAGGUGGAGCGCGUCCCCGGCCAGAACGGCGAAAAGGAUGUCGUAGCUGUGCGCGGCAGUAUCAUCAGCUUCGUUGACCGUCUCGACGACGAGUUCACCAAGAGCUUGCAAAACAUUGAUCCUCACACCACCGAAUACGUCGACCGACUUUGCGACGAGAAGAAGCUCUACGAGACCAUCGUACUCGCUCAGGGCUACUUUGAGAGCCAGUCUGAGACCGAAGCGCUGUCGCGCUGCACCAUGCGUCGCCUCGACCAUGUCUACGCCAAGCAGGAUGUCAUUAUCAAGGCGCUUGAGUCGACGCUCGGCGAAGCGGCCAAGACGUUCGAGUCGAAGCUCUUCCCCUCUGCUGUGCGUGUCGCCGAGCAGGAUGGCCCAGCCGUGCUUGUACGUGCGCUCUGCACGUACCUCUAUCAAGCGCGCGGUGUUCAGGCCGAGCGCCCACGAACGCGGGCUGUGCUCUGCCAUAUCUACUUCCACGCGCUGCACGCCGACUACCACGUUGCUCGUGACAUGUUCCUGAUGUCGCAUUUGCAGGACGCGAUCCAGCUCGCCGAUGUGGCCACCCAGAUCCUGUACAACCGUGUGGUGGUGCAGAUCGGAAUCUGCGCUUUCCGUAAUGGUCUCAUCAAGGAGUCGCAGGUUGCGCUGCAAGAGAUCUUUGCUACUGGCCGUGUCAAGGAGCUGCUUGCUCAAGGCGUUCAGAAGCAGAACCAGUUCAGCACUGUCACGCCCGAACAAGAAAAGCUCGAGCGUCAACGUCAGCUGCCGUUCCACAUGCACAUUAACCUCGAGUUGCUCGAGUGCAUCUACCUCAUCUCAUCGAUGCUGCUCGAGGUGCCCAACAUGGCGCUCGCCGGUAACGACCCGGAGCUACGCAAGCGCGUCAUCUCCCGACCUUUCCGUCGCAUGCUCGACUACACGGACCGUCAGGUAUUUUCGGGACCACCGGAGAACACGCGUGACCACAUCAUGCAGGCAUGCAAGGCGCUCCAGAACGGCGACUGCAAGGCUUGCAUCGAGCUGAUCUCGGACAUCAAAAUCUGGAAGCUCAUGCCUGGAUCCCAAGAAGUCAAGCUGAUGCUCGCCAAGCGCAUCCAGGAGGUGGGUCUGCGCACCUACCUCUUCUCUUACUCUGCUUACUACGAGUCGGUUUCGCUCUCGCACUUGGCAGCGACGUUUGACGUUGAAGAGACGGUGGUCAAGGCCAUGGUGAGCAAGAUGAUCUACAACGACGAGUUGGCAGCUUCGCUCGACCCUUCGGCCAACGUGGUUUCGUUCCACCGACUCGAGUUGACCAAGGUGCAGCAGCUGGCGGCAACAUUGGCCGAGAAGGCCAACUCGAUGCUCGAGCAGAACGAGCGUCUGCUGGAUGCCAAGCUGGGCGAAGGCAAGGAGCAGAGGAGCGGUGCCGGUGGCGAGCGAGGUGACCGCGAGGGAGGUCAGCCAGGUGGAAGGAGGGAGAGGAGAGGAGGGUCCGCAGCGCGCGGACGUGGCCGCGGACGUGGACGUGCACAGCAGUUCCAGGCGCUCGGGCAAAAGGUGUAA